CUCACCCAAGGUACAACUUCUUCGACCUUUCGCGUCUGUCACUCCUUUCCCACCCUCAGCGGUUGCUUUAUCGACGCCUUGGCAGGUUCCAUCCUCCGUUCACUCCUUCAAGAUCCAAGAAUCCCGGUGAUUUCGACCCUUUUUUCCCCUCCCCAAACGCCCAAAAAAAAAAACAUACCAAAAUGCGUUUCUCCGCUGUUGCCGUUGCCGCCCUGGCCACCCAGGCCGCCGCCUACAGAGCCGACCGCCCUUCCGGCUCCUACUGGGGCUGGGGUCACUUCGGUGGCGGAAAGUGGGGCGCCGUGACCUCCACCAUUACCGUUCCCGCUCCCACAGCCACGGCCCCGGCCGUCGUCCCGACCCCCGAUGCUGCCCCCGUCGAAGAGGUCGCCGCCACCACCACCGCCCCGGCCGUCGCCGCCACCACCGCUCCUUCCAGCGGCUCAUCCGGUCUGACUGCCGACCAGAAGGCCGCCCUCGACGCCCACAACGCUGCCCGGACCGAGGUCGGCGUCCCGGCUCUCGAGUGGGACGACUCCCUCGCCGCCGGCGCUCAGGAGUGGGCCACCCACCUGCUCUCCGUCGGCUCCCUUACGCACUCUCAGACCGCCGACCAGGGUGAGAACCUGUACAUGCAGUCCAACACCGACAGCCCCUACGUCAACGCCGCCAACGCCUGGAUCUCGGAGAAGUCCGACUACAACGGCGAGACCAUCAGCUCCUCCAACUACAUGGGCUUCGGCCACUACACCCAGAUCGUUUGGAAGAGCACCACCAAGGUUGGCAUGGCGCUCGCCACCAACUCCCAGGGCACCUACGUUGUCGCCCGCUACUCGCCCCCCGGCAACUUCAUCGGCCAGAAGCCCUACUAGAUGUCGACCCGACAAUGACCCACCGCACUGGCAGGGCUGUGUGGAGGACGAUGAGAUAAGAAGGCAACAAUGUGGCAGGGACCCUGUUCUGGUAGCUUGGCUGGGCCGAACACUCUACUGUUUUCUUCCAUUCUUGGACAUCUUUUUUAUGUAUUCGGGCUUCAAGGUUUACUUCUUCAAGCGCCUUUGAUGUCGGAUACGGCUGUGAUCAGAUCACCAAGUACGGGAUCAGGCUGUAGACGCUGGAUCUUCUUUACAAUCCCGCGACUUUGGACGGGUUUCCACGACCAUUUGACGAAACGUAGCGAAAAUGCUUUACGAUGCCUCAUUAUCUGA